ACAAACAGUGGGUAAUAUACACCACUAAAUUCAUAUCCAUGGAAGGGGUUCGAUGAUCGUUGUCCACACAGAUUGGCUCCACUUCUAAAGGAAGGAUUGAUCAAUGGAGUAGGUUGUAGUGUGUGUACUGGUAUCCACUCAUGCCUGUAAAAGUGGUGUACCAGUAAACAUAAUCAUUCGCAUGCUUGUAUUUAUAUCCAGUAAUGCAAAUCCUAGUCUCAAUAAUCCGCCAUGGAAGCUGUAAGAAGUCUCUCGACUGUUGCUCUACCUUCACUAAUCACAGCCCACUUUUCCAAACCCAUUUUCACUAUUCCACUUACUCAUAAAAAAACCAACUUAACCAGAUUUCCAAAAACAAAACUCAAUAAGUUCAAUGCCAUUUCUCCUUCCAUUUCAACCCAACCCGAAGCAGCAGAAAUCGAAACCGGAAACCUUGAUCAUGAAGAAGAGAAAUUUGACUGGUUUUCUCACUGGUAUCCACUCAUGCCUGUGUGUGAUUUGGACAAGAGGGCUCCUCAUGGAAUGAAGGUGUUGGGUCUUGAUGUUGUGGUGUGGUGGGAUAAGAAUGAGAAUGCGUGGAAGGUGUUCGAUGAUCGUUGUCCACACAGAUUGGCUCCACUUUCCGAAGGAAGGAUUGAUCAAUGGGGUAGGCUGCAGUGUGUGUACCAUGGCUGGUGUUUUAAUGGCUCGGGUGACUGCAAAUUAAUUCCUCAAGCUCCUCUUGAUGGUCCUCCGAUUCAUUCUUUCCCAAAAGCGUGUGUUGCGGUUUAUCCAAGCACCGUGCAAAACGGGAUUGUUUGGUUUUGGCCCAACGCUGAUCCACAAUACAAAGAUAUCCUCACCAAGAAGAAGCCACCAUACAUCCCUGAACUUGAUGAUCCUUCAUUUUUUGGAACCACCUUCUUCGCCAGAGAUAUACCAUACGGGUAUGAAAUCCUGGUCGAAAAUCUCAUGGAUCCUUCUCAUGUUCCAUAUGCACACCAUGGGAUAAUGAGUAUCGCACCACAGCCUAGUGUUAAGGUUGAUCGAGAAGGGGGUUCACCUAUGGAUAUAAGUCAUCAGAAAAUAGACAAAAAUGGUUUUACAGCAACUGAGCAGCAAGGUCGUAAAUGGAGUUUUAUAUCUCCUUGUAUGAUACAAGCUAGUCUCACAGUCAACGAAAGUCCAAAUAACACACAGGGAAAAUUACCACAAAAGCCACCUCGAAAGGGCCUUUUUAUAUUUUUUUGUAUUCCAGUGAGCCCGGGUAAUAGCAGAUUCAUAGGUGUUAGCCCUAGAAACUUUAGUCUUUGGAUAGAUUCAUUUGUUACAAGAUGGAUGCACCAUAUUGUGCAGAAUUUGGUUAUUGAUUCGGAUUUGUAUCUUCUUCGGGUUCAGGAGGAGAAAUUAAUGGAGGCAGGUCUUUCAAAUUGGCAAAAAGUCUGUUUUGUGCCAACCAAAGCAGAUACUAUGGUGGCAUUAUAUAGAAGGUGGCUAAACAAAUAUGCAGGUGGUCAAGUCAAUUGGCGAACCACAAUUAAUGGAUCUUUACCACCAAUUCCACCUAAGGAACAACUCUUGGACAGGUACCGGAGCCAUGUAGUGAAUUGCAGUAGUUGCAUUGGUGCAUAUAAAGGUCUUAAUGCACUCCAAAUAUCUCUUGAAGUGUUUUCUAUUACUUCAGUGGCUAUUAUGGCCGCAACCAAACAUGGUAUGAUAUCAACUGUCGCAAGAAAUACGCUCGCAGCUGUUGCAAUUUUGUGCUUUCUGGGAUCAAAAUGGUUAUCACAUUUCAUUUACAAAAACUUCCAUUUUCAUGACUACAAUCAUGCUUUUAAAUGAGCGUUUCCAUGUAUCAUCAUCGAUUAUUCAAUUGUCGAGGUUAUCCCUCUAUUGAAUCGAGUUUUCAUCUAUGGUUUGUAAAGAGAGCUUUAAUAUAUAGUACUAGCACGGUGCCCACACGAUGUGACAGGUGACAAUUUGCAUUGUGGUAAUCGUUUGGGUUAGUUUUCUUGUUCGUAUAUAUUUACUGUAGUAUCAUUGUGAUGGAUAUACGACAUAAGCGAAGUCAUCAAUUAGUC